AUGGCCCAGACUAACGCCGUCUCCGUCGACGAAGGCUCGUCAUGGAGGACGAUGCCACACAAAGACCAGCUGCUCGUGCUGUGUCUCUCUCGGCUGUCCGAACCGAUUACGCGGACAAGCUUCAGUACGUAUAUAUACUAUCAGCUUCAGUCGUUGGAUCCCUCGCUCUCGUCGGCCGAGAUCGUACGUCAGGCCACAUGGAUGCAGACGGCCCUGACGGCUAUGGUGGCGCUCGUCAGCCUGCCCACGAGCCGUCUCGCCGACUCCCCACGAUUCGGCCGCAAGGGCGUCCUGCUGGCGAGCAUGGCCGUCCUCGGCACGAGCACCCUCUGCUUCGGCUUCAUACGCAGCUUCACGCAGGCGAUGGUGCUCCGCAUCAUCGAGGGGACGUUCAGCGGCGGGACGCUCGUGGCACGCACCAUGAUCCCCGAGAUCGUGCCCGGCAAGAAACAUCGCGUCAAGGCAUUCCUGCUGCUGCCUCUGGCCUUCAACAUUGGUGUCCUGGCCGGCCCGCCGAUUACCGGGCUCUUGGUCGCAUAUGCCCAGAGCCACGCUGGGAAGAACGACUUCUUGGGCCGUUGGACGUAUGCACCGCCUAUGCUGAUGGCAGGCGGGAUAAUCUACACGGCCUUCUUGGCCGUCUUCUUUUUGUUGGAAGAGACGUUGCCUGCCCUUAGAGGCCAACCCGAUAUCGGGAUACGCAUCAAGAAGGCGGUCGUGAGGCUUUGGCAGCGCUACAGGUCUCGCGGGGCGACCAAGCUCGGCUACGAGCCCGCCAACACGCAAGACUCUGAGGAUUCCCAGGAUCUGGAUCCGCUGUUGUCGCCAGAGGCCGAUGACGAGGCUCAACGCGGCAGAAGCGAGCCUAUCCCGACCCCCACAAGCAGCAAGAUGCCGCUGCGGAAAGCCCUUACGGCCAACGUCUUGCUCGCGACCAGCUGCCAGGCGAUGCUUGACGGCCUCACCGCCGGUUACAAUACCCUCUGGCCCCUGUUUCUCAGCGAUCCGCCCGCCUCCGCGGCCCUGUCUCUGCGGGACGAGAGGGGAUCGUCCCCGCUGCGGUUCUCCGGCGGCGCCGGCCUCCAGCCCUACCAGAUCGCCCUGACGCUCACGAUCCUGGCCGUCACCGCGCUCCCGCUGCAGAUCUUGGUCUACCCGCGUGUCAGCUACAAACUCAAGCCGCUGGGCACCCUGCGGUGCUUCCUGUGGUGCCCGGCCCUGGCCUUUGCCCUCGCUCCGUUCAUCGCCGUCACGGCCAAGUUUCCUGUUCUCAUGUGGCUCGUCAUCGCCGUCGUCCAGCUGCUCAUGGUCCUGACCGCGGCCAUGGUGGUGCCUUCGGCGACCUUGAUGACCAACAACUCGGCUCCAAGCCCGGCCGCCCUGGCCGCGACCCACGGUUUGGCAGUCACACUGUCUGCUGUGGCGCGGACGAUAGGCCCGUUCGCGGUUGGGAGCGUCUACGCAGCGAGCCAGGCCAGCCAUAACGGGGGUCUCGCGUGGUGGCUGAUGGCCGGCACGGCCAUCUGUAUCUGUGUCAUAAGCUGGUUUGUCCAGGAUGGGACCGAGCAGGGCACCACCGCCCCGCCGGCGCGGGAGGAGACCGGCGAGCAUGGCGCGAGAUCGAAACCCGCUGUUCGAGCAAUGGGAUGA